AUGUCAGAGAUCACGGAUACAUUUAGAGAAUAUUAUGAUAAACUAUAUAGGUCCCAAAGAACAGCGGGUGGAGAGGAAUUGGAACGCUUCUUCAGGAACCUAGAAUUACCAACUCUCACGGGAAUAGAGAAAGAGCAAAUGAAGGCUCCGAUAACUCUAGAAGAGGCUCAACUAGCAGUCAAAGAGAUGGCUAAUCAGAAGUCCCCGAGCCCGGAUGGGCUUCCGGCAGAGACUUAUAAGUACUAUGGGAAAGUGCUACUCCCAGAACUUAUAAAAGUACUUAAUGAGGCCAUGGUAGAGGGGAAGCUGCCCAUCUCAAUGACUGAGGCCACGAUAAUAGUACUGCACGAGGAGGGAAAGAAUCCAUUGGAAACCACAUCGUAUAGGCCUAUUUCUCUUCUAUGUGCAGAUGCUAAAAUCCUGGCGAAAAUGAUGGCUAGCAGCAGAGAAGACCGGACUAGCAAGGAGAGUGAUCCCAGAUCUCCUGCGGAAAGAGCAGCAAGCUACAGCUUAUUGAGUGAAGAGGAAAGAUGGAAUAUUCUUAGAAAUCAGUUGUUAGCAAGGUAUCCACCACGAGAAAAUGAUCCGGCAUUCCCAAUCAACCCGACCAUUGGCUCUUCUACCAGGAGUGAUUCCUCCCAAUCACAAGUGACUGACAGAAUCGGAACCAAAAAUUGGUGUUUAUGCCAGAAUUGCAUUGAAAUGCCCACAAACGUUGAAGCCGUUUGCUGCCAAGAACUUGAGGAUGUCAAAGAAUAUAUUCCACAAGGAAAAAUUUGCAUAACAGAAUCUGAAAUUUUCAAUACAGUAGUAGCCUCAGAUAGACUCAUACCAAUAAUAAACAAUAUAGUAUUUUAUGAGGAACGACCAGAGGUAGAUCCUGAUAACAACAGGAGAUUAAGAAAAAUAGCAUAUAGGACAUAUAUAUCCUGUAUCUAUGGUUUCCUAUGGAAAGGUAACAGGAGGGUGAUCCCGUCGUGUGCAGUCAACAUCAUACGCCUGCUUUUUCCAGAUCCCAAUGGAACAUAUGUAGGAUUUAUGUAUUCUGAGGACUAUAAUGCAUCAGAGAUGGCUUAUCAUUAAUUAUUUAAUUUAAAAUGUUAAUUUUUGUUGUUGUCUUUUUUUUUGGUUGUUUUUUCAUAUAUUAAAGUUUUGUAUGUAAUUUAACAUAAUAAAAAGAGUUAUAUUUAAAAUAA